AUGGGAGUUCACGCGGCCACAAUCACAGCCCUAACCCUGUCCGGCUCGACCCUCCUGCUAGCCUUGAUCGGUGGAAUGUUCAUCUACCGUGACAUUCAAGAAGUCUGGCUAGAAUUGGACGUUGAAAUGGACCGGUUCAAGCUUCAAGCUGAUGACUUGUGGAUGGACAUGGUUAAUAUGGGAGCUGGAAGUCCAUCGAACCGUGCCAGACGUCAAGCUUAUGGUGGGUAUGGAGCUCAAGGCAUGAACCAUGGAGGCUCGGGAGGUCAUGGGCCAUCAUUCGCCGGACCUAGUGUGGCUAGCAACCCAUUGACUGUUGGGUACGGUAGCUACGCUCCUAAGUGCAGUAGGUUUUUGGAUUUUAUUAUUGGCAGGGGCGGGCGGGGUAAAAAAAUUUGUGGAGGGGGGGGGGUUCGGUAAGGUAGGGUACAGUACAAAGAAAAAAAAUUACAUAGGGAGGGGAAAGUUGUCUGUUGGGGGUGGUAAAAAAAUUGUUUUGGGUGGGGGGAGGGGUAAAAAAUUUUUGUUUGGUGGGACGGUAAUGAAAAUUUUUUUUUUUUUAAACUGGCAGGUGAAAAUUUUGUGUACUUUUUUCAAACUUUUAUUCCAGCCUGCUCCGCCGGAGCCAACGGAGAAGCCGCCGCCAACAACUGCCCAGCCGGUCCACCAGGCCCACCAGGAGAAGAAGGCCAAGCUGGUAUCCCCGGAAUUCCAGGCAAAGACGGUAUUCCAGGCCAGAACAACGACGAUAUUCCUCAAUCUCCACCUCAAGGCUGCUUCACCUGCCCACAGGGUGCGCCAGGUACACCAGGAGCGGCCGGUAGCCCAGGACCACGUGGAAACCGCGGUCACAAAGGUACUCACGGCUUCCCUGGCCGUGACGGCUUCCCUGGUACUGAUGGUGAAGAUGGACCACCCGGACCUGAUGGUGCUCCAGGUAAUGCCGGUCCAAGUGGUGAUAAGGGCCAGGAUGCUGAGAAGAUUUUGGGCCGUAAAGGACUACCUGGACCACCAGGACCACAAGGAGAUCAAGGAGAAGAGGGUGAUCAAGGAGCAGCUGGACCAGAAGGUGCUCCCGGACCUAAGGGUGUACCAGGUGCUCCAGGAUACCAAGGAAACCCUGGUCCGGACGGUAAUGAAGGUGGACCGGGAGCUGAGGGUCAGGCCGGUAAGGAUGCUGAGUACUGCCCAUGUCCUGGUCGUAGCAAUGAUCAUGGGGCUAGCGGAAGCAGCGGUGGCUACGGUGGCCAGAGCGACAGUGGCAACUAUGGUAGCGGCAGUGGUAGCAGUGGUGGCAGCAAGGGCUACAGAAGAAUCUAA